AUGCAUUGGCUGGCGCGCCACUGCCAGCUGCACCCCCGAUGGCCCGCGCGAGUCUCACAACGACAAGAGCUGUAUCGACACUAUCACUGGCGGUUCAGCGGAUACUGCGAGGUUGAAGACUUGGACUCGGGCGAGCGCUUCCAAGUCAUGCGCUCCCACUGCAGUGGGUUGCAGCGCAAGGUCUCUUUCCGUUGCUCGGAGGUCCCCUACUUCGCAAGUUUUCGCGCCGACGCCCAUGCAGUCGUGAAGAAGGCAUACGCCAAAGGGUUUUCGCUGCCAUAUGUUGCCAACAACAGCCAACGCUCCUCACGCGACGGCAUUGUUAUGGUCGUCUACCCUACAGUGCUCGCUAGUGCAUACGCCAGCAUCCAGGUGAUUCGAGACGUGUUGGGGUGCCGCCUACCGAUUGAAAUCUGGUUCCACAUCUUCGCAAUCUACCACAGCGACUUUAACCGGGUGCUAGUCUUGGACGCGGACAACGUACCCUCGAUGCUGUGGGAAUUGCUGGACACCUCUUUCGUGGAUAUGUUCGAGCAGGAAGGAGGACAGCUGAUCGUGGACCGUACUCGGCAUGCAGCACCUUUGGAGCUGGUCUACUUUUACGCAUUUCACGAACCUAUUUACUUCUGGAAGCUGGAGCUUGUGUACGGUGGCAAAGAUUUUCCGUUUGGCGUGGCUGAAGCUUCAGGCUCCGUUUCACAUGAUUGCGGCAGUCCCUGCAAUGGCUGGGCUGUGAACAAUGGAUCGUUCUGUGGUAUGACAAUGGCGCAGCACGACGCGGAUGGUGAAGUGCUGUUCCUGUACAGGAACCAGCACAAAUUGACUGGCGAGCGCGAUGAACGGUGGGAGGAGGCGGCGGCAGCGAAGUCAACAUCGGAAAACGUGGAGAUCCCAUCGCCCGAGUCGGUAAUGGCUCCGCAGUCGGCAGAGUACCCCGACCCAGCCAUCUGGACGCAUUAG